GAGGACCUCGAGCAUGAGCUCAAGGGCGCCGAGUGGCUGCGCCCCCGCUUCCCGUCCGAGAUCACCGAGGCGGUGCGGCUGCACGUGCCCGCCAAGCGCUACCUCACCCAGGCCGUGGAGGGGUACUGGGACGGCCUCUCCUCCGCCUCGAAGAGGUCGCUCGAGGUGCAGGGCGGGACCUUCUCCGAGACGGAGGCGGCGGCGUGGAUCAAGCAGCCGUACGCCAUGGCCGCCGCAAAGCUGCGCCACUGGGACGACAAGGGCAAGGCUGCGGGCGUUGCCACGCCC